GUUCAACCCGCGCAUGCGUGUCUCGGAAUUCCUCUUUCUCGGUGGACGCAAUGGCGGAGGAAAAAAAAAAGGUCCCGUCGGUCCCUGAGAGCCUUUUGAAGAAGCGGAAGGCCUACGCCGCCUUGAGGAAUCGCCGCUUGAAGAGGCGGCAGGUACAGAAAAAGGCCAAUAGAGCAGAAAGAAAGGUCAUCUACAAAAGGGCUGAGCAGUACCACAAGGAGUACAGGGAGAUGUACAGGCGUGAGAUUCGCCUCUCACGAACUGCCCGUAAAGUGGGAAACUACUACGUGCCAGCUGAGCCCAAAUUGGCAUUUGUCAUUAGGAUCAGAGGUAUCAACGGUGUCAGCCCAAAGGUCCGCAAAGUUCUGCAGCUGAUGCGUCUUCGUCAGAUCUUCAAUGGUGUGUUUGUCAAGCUUAACAAGGCUUCAAUUAACAUGCUCAGGAUCGCAGAGCCGUACAUUGCUUGGGGAUACCCCAACCUGAAAUCUGUGCGUGAGCUCAUUUACAAGCGUGGCUAUGGCAAGAUCAAGCAGCAGCGUAUUGCUCUCACAGACAACGCUUUGGUGAAGAGGAGCCUUGGCGGCUUUGACAUCAUCUGUAUUGAGGAUCUCAUCCAUGAGAUUUACACUGUUGGCAAGAACUUCAAGGCCGCUAACAAUUUCCUGUGGCCGUUCAAGCUGUCGUCACCUCGUGGUGGCAUGAACAAGAAGACCACCCACUUUGUGGAGGGGGGUGAUGCUGGUAACAGGGAGGAUCAGAUCAACAGAAUGAUCCGAAGGAUGAACUAGUUUGGUCUGUCAACUCAAUGUUCAAUAAAAAAAAUUGGGGAAAAUGUUAA